UAACAUUCAUUACUAUAAUAACGUUGUCUGUUAAUCCUAAGGAUACUAAUUAUUAUUAAUGAUAGUGAAAUAAACAUCACGCAGUAACAUAUAACCGCGUUUUUAAUCAGAUAAUUAAUUCCCAUGGCUUUAAUUAGUCUCACUUGCUUCACUCAAGUUAUAAAAUUGAUUACGCAUGUACAAAUUCAACCGUCAAACCGAUAUUUAGCUUACACCAAAAAGCUUCAUUGUAAUUAUGACGGUAUUAAAAUAAAGUUUUAAACUUAUUCGCUGAAAAUAAACGAUGAACUUUCGUCCCUAAGGAAGAAAUCGAUCAUUUCCAACCCGGAAAUUCGUACCGCGAAGAAAUUAUAUUUUCAUCGGCCACCGGCCAUUUUAAUUAAUAAUUCAAAUGAAAUGAAUAUGAAAAAUAUUAUUGACUUGAAAAUAUGAUAAUUAAUAAUUAAACUGUUGUAAAAAAUAGAAUAACUAAAGGGCAUGUGUGAUAAAUAUAAAUGAUUACCUUCAUAAUUUCUAUGUAGAUCAGAUAAUUAUCAUAAUAAUAAUAAUAAUAAUAAUAAAACAACUGGAAACGAAGUGAACAAUCACGCGACGAAAUAUAAACUCGCUGAUAAAUUGGAUGUAUUAUUAUAGUUCUCCUCAGUCUCGAUUGCAACCACUGCAGAAAUCACACUUUAUAUAUUAUAUUCAUUCCACAACAGUGUAUUUAUAUAAAAAUAAAAAAAUGGAACAAUUUUUUUUAAACAAAUCGGAAAAAAAAAAUCUUUACCUUUUUCGCUUUGAUUAUUUAAUAUUUAUAAAAUACAUUAUUUAUAAAAUAAUCGGCUUGUCUCCAUGGUCACUAAAUAUUCAUAAAGUUUCAAAUAAAAAUCACCGAAUUAAUAAUGAUAAAAAUAAUAUUUUCGAUAUUUCGUAUGCCGGAACAUUUUAUAAUAUUCUGCUAAUUAUACUUAUUAAUUCGUUGAAUAUAUAUUCAUUCGGCUCGUUCUUUCCCGUUCAAGUAGACACUGUUCUAACGCCAACAAUAAUGAAUAUUAUUAACUUUGUAUUGGUACUGUCGGUAACCGCUAUAAUGACUAUUUACGUUACUCGACAAAGUAUAAUAAUUAAUGUUAUGAAUAAACUUAUUCGUGUGGAAGAAAAUCUAAAAAACUGUGGAUACUAUAAAGCAGAAAGUUAUUUGACUAUUUAUUUGAUGAUUAUUUUUAAUUUUCUACUGACAACUGGGAUGUUAGCGACGGGAAUUUAUAAGUAUUCAUUGUUAGGAGUAUUUAUUAAAUUGUUGCCAAUCAUUAUCUCCAGUUGGGUCCUAAUACAGUACUCGACAUUUCUAUAUAUAAUAAAUAAAAAAUUUGAAAGCGUCAAUACAACAAUUUCUAACUUUGGGAAAAUGAAAAAUUCGUCUCAAUUACAGCCAAUAUUUAUGACUAAGACAGGACUUUUAACUGAAUCAGUCUAUCACGAGAUUGAAAACUUAAAAUUUGUUUACGGAGAAUUAUGUGAUAUUUGUCAAAAUAUUGAAGAUUUUUAUGGGCUACCUGCUCUAAUUGCUAUAGUUAAAUUUGGAGAAACGAUAAUAAGGUCCUCAUAUUAUAUACUUGUGUCACUAGAUUAUUCAGUACCAGACAAGUUAUUAGCGUAUGUCAUCAGUGGAAUAGGCAUUGUUUGGACGUCUCUUAUAUUAAUGAUUUUGACAACUUUUGUUGUGAGAACAAUUAAACAGAGUCAAAAAACAGCAAAUAUAAUAAAUCGACUUAUGGAUCGCUGCACAAUGGAUCCAAAAAUAAAGGAACAAUUGGCUAAAUUUUCCAGCGACCUCCUGCACUUGAAAGUUGGGUUCACAGCCUGUGACAUUGUGCCACUAGACCGUACACUCGUGGCAAUGAUCUCUGGCACAGUCGCAACGUAUCUCAUUAUAUUUAUACAGUUUCGUACCAGCGCACCAAAUUAAAUAAAAUUCAAUGAAACUACACCCUAUUUCCAAUAAUUUAUAACCAAGAUUAACAUAUCAAUGAAGAAUAAAAAAAAAUAAUAAUAAGUGUAUUGCCGAUGAAUAAAUAAAAAAUAAUCAAUCAGUAAAAAAAAGUUUAAUCAUUUAGAUCCAAGACUUACGUCAAUACUUCCCCGCAUGUUUUCCCCUACGCUUCUAAAUUCACUAUAAAUCUGAAAGAUAUUCAGUGACCGUGUGUAAUGUAUCACAACUGAGGGUUAAAUGCCAGACUAUCUUGAUUAAUGAAUACAACGGCAGGUGUUGUAGCUCAUGUAAUGCAUAAGGAACCUUAUCUUUAUUACUUUUCAUAUAUAUAUUAUACAGCAAGCUUGCUAAUAAUAUUCCCGGGUGAUUAUUUAUCCACAUGUUCAAGUCCCACAAGGCAUUGAGUAUUUUUUUAAAAUUUA